UGUGGGCCUGCCCCCAAAGGUGUGCAACUUGUGGCUGCCAAUUUGAAAACAUUGCUCUUGUACUUUGCUGGGCAGAGCAGGGCACCAUGCCCCACUGCCCACUGCUGGACUCUCGCUCUGGAAACCGACACCACCAGUAUGGCCCAUUGCACCCAUGGGGGCCCGCAAAUAUGUUUGGCGCCGACUCCGAGCCCACAAAAGGCCCGCGCGCGGAACUCUGGACCGCUCUGUUGUGCUUCCUGGCAGCGCGCGGCAGGACGGGUGAGGCACGUGCGUGAGAGGAGUCGGCUUUGUAGUCAGAUGAAUUUCAGUAUGAAGCAGAAAUUGGAUGCAGGAAAAGCCUCAGGAACGAUAAAGUACUUCACAGACAAUGCAAACUCAGCCCCAAGACGGACUCUUAAAAUGAUUCAGCCUUCAGCAGCAGGUUGCCUUGUUGGCAGGGUAAAUGAACCUGCUAAAUGUUCAAUCAAAAGGAAACUUUGGAGUGAUCAGCUAAUUGCAAAGACCUGCAAAGCUGAGGUGGUGGAUCCAGAACAGAAAAAUGAAAAUCUAAAAGGAGUCACUCAAGCUGUUGAUCUCAUGGUAAAAAAAAAUCCUCCCUCUCGGUACUGGAAGGAAGUGGCUGAAGAGAGGAGGAAGGCACUAUAUGAAGUGCUUCAGGAAAAUGAAAAGCUGCACAAAGAAAUUGAACAGAAAGAUGGUGAAAUUGCCCGUCUAAAAGAAGAAAAUGAUGAACUGGUAUUACUUGCAGAACAUGUGCAGUACAUGACAAACAUGAUUGAGAGACUUACUGGGCAGGUACCUGAUGGCCUUGAGUCACUGAAAAAUCUAGACUUGGAGGAAUUUGAGCAGGAGGAUGAAGAGAGUGAUUCUGAAGGUGAUGUAGAUGGUGAUUCUGAAGAGUUGCCUUCACAGGUUUCAUGUGAUUCUAGGGAGAAUGCCACAGAUUCAUCUGCAAAGAAAGCUAGAAGUCUGUGAAAACGGCUUGGCAAACUUGAGUGGCCAGUGUGCAUAUGGCUUCCUAUUUUAAUUGCUAAAUGACUGUUGGAAGAAUAUACUGCCAAAGUUUACCUCAGAUAAAAGUUACAAGUCUUGUGGAAGCUUUAAAAGUUCACAGUGGGUUUUAACUGGUAAUAUGUAGCAAUGGAAAUAGCUGUAUACUACCUAAACAAGGUAUUACAGACUGAAUUUGGUCACUUCUAUAAAAUGGAAAUACUAUGUAUUUCUAACUUGUGUAAAUAGUAUCUGUUGCUUUGACAUGAGAAUGUGUACUUGAUAAAUAAACUAAACUCUACCAAAACACUCUGCCUCUUACAAUGUGGUGCAUGGGGACAGAUUGUUAAAGUCU